AUGUCGUGCUCAGCCACAAAGAGACGUGUUCAAAUGCAGUACAGCCAGGGAAGAGCACCACCUGCUGGACGAAAAGGAGAAUGCAUGCAGGUCAAGAAGUUGGCUCCAGAGAUGCAAGAAUCAGCUCCUGGGAAGAAAAGAAGAUGUAAGAAACGCCUGCCCUCCUCCCCUGUGCCUAUGGUGGGUCAGGGUAGAGUCAAGGGCCAGGCUGAGGACAGCAUAUCAAGAAUGGAAGACAGUUCGAACGAAGGAAGCGCAUGUUAUCUGGACGACAUGCCAAUCAUAGAAGAAAUAGAAGAGCAAGGCAGAGCUAGGACGUCAGGUGGGGAGUAUGAACGAAAUACUGCUGAACUGGCUAGGAUUAGUGAGGUGUUAGCAGCGGUAACUGGGAUGGUUAAG